GUUUAUCGAUAGGCAACGGAACCAUAGAGUCUAAACUAAUGAAUCAUCAUAACACCACCACCUUAUUAUAUUUAGGGCUUCAAAAUUUGUUCAUUCCAAACAGGAUUGCAGUAAUUCCAAAAAGGUUAAAAUUCGGAGGCUUGAUUCAUCAUUAUAAUAGUAAUAUUAAUAAUAAUAAUAAUUAUUACAAGAGUGGAAUGGGGCGUUUUUCUUCAACUUCAAAAUCAAGUAUCCAACCAAAGGAAAUGGCAGAGAAAGAAAGAGCUGAUGAAAAUGUAAUCGCCGACAAUACGUUUGACAAAAUGACAGUUCAAGAGCUUAAAACGAAAUUGAGGAGCAUGGGGGGCUCUACAAAAGGUUCUAAGCAUGAUCUCAUAUGUACCUUGAAGAGCUUCUUUGUGGAACAAGCUGAUGUUUCUCAAGUCGUAGUUGAAGAUAAAAAAUCCAUGAAAGCAACUCAAGUUGAUGGUGAAAAGGGUCCCAAAAGGAAGGCUAAAAGUUCAUCAGUUGAGGGGUACCAGGAGGUUAUCAACACAGUUUCUGUGAAUAAAAGCAUCAAGAGACGGGCAAAACAAAUCACAACGGAUGUAAACAUUGCUUUGGAGACUUUUAAAGAUAUUGAAGAUUCUACUAAGGUGGAUAUUGUCGAACAGCAAGUUGAACCAUGGACUGUUCUUGCUCACAAGAAGCCACAAAAAGAUUGGAUCGCUUACAAUCCUAAAACUAUGAGGCCGCCUCCUCUUGGUAGUGAUACAAAACAUGUGAAGUUAAUGUCUUGGAAUGUCAAUGGUUUGAGGGCUUUAUUAAAGUUAGAGAGCUUUUCUGCUUUGGAACUUGCACAAAGAGAAGAUUUUGAUGUGCUUUGCUUGCAAGAAACAAAAUUGCAGGAGAAAGAUGUAGAAGCAAUAAAACAACGUCUUUUGGAAGGAUACGACAACAGCUUCUGGACUUGUAGCGUCUCUAAGCUUGGCUAUUCUGGUACUGCAAUUAUCUCCAGGAUACCGCCACUUUCUGUCAGAUAUGGACUUGGCAUAUCAGACCAUGAUAGUGAAGGAAGGCUCAUCACAACCGAAUUCAAUUCAUUCUAUCUAAUUAGUGGAUACGUUCCUAAUUCCGGUGAUGGUCUCAAAAGGCUGUCAUACAGGAUAACAGAGUGGGAUCCCAGUCUUAGCAAUUACAUUAAGGAGCUGGAAAAGUCAAAACCUGUUAUCUUAACAGGUGAUCUAAAUUGUGCUUAUGACGAAAUAGACAUCUACAAUCCUGCGGGAAAUAAACGAAGUGCGGGUUUUACUAUCGAAGAAAGAAACUCAUUUGAGGAAAAUUUUCUGAAAAAGGGUUUUGUUGAUACCUUCCGGAAACGUCACCCUAAUGUUGUUGGCUAUACUUACUGGGGUUUCAGACAUGGUGGCCGGAAAACUAAUAAAGGAUGGAGGCUGGACUACUUCCUUGUAUCUGAAUCUAUUGCAGAUAAGGUUCAUGACUCCUAUAUUCUUCCAGAUGUUCUGGGCAGUGAUCACUGUCCUAUUGGACUUGUUCUUAAGCUGUAGUACCCAGGAACCAAAUAGUAGCAGUUUUGAUGAUGUGAAACGAAAGCAUUAUGCAUCGCUGGAUGAAAUAAUGGGGACUAAUACUUUUGCGCUGGGUGUUAACGUUUGAUAUUUUAAUGACUUAGUCUCACCAUUCCAAUUUGAUCAGCGAGGAAUGAUUUGACUAUGUACUAACCCGAAAAGAUGAAGGUUUAAGCUAGCAUAUUCCAUCUCUUUAAUGAUUAGGCAAGUCGUCAGCAUGAGACUUAGUUUAGGUUGAAAUAUUAAUGAAAUUUUCUAAUCCUUAGGUUUUGAGGUAAAUUGUACAGUAGCUUUUGAAGGAUCAUUCUUUCCCUUAAUGGCAUGCUUUUGUUUGGAUU